AUGCGUCCAGUUUUUGCGAGAAUCACUCGCCGAAUCUCGACGUCGAGGGCGUCGGCGUUCGAGCGAAAAGUCAUCGAAACGGUGUGCCCGCGCAUCCAUCACUACCUUUUCCCGAACAUUCCGACGCCCGCGACGUCGGCGCCGAAGGAGUACACGGGAGUGCUGCCGCCGUUGGAAGCCGACAACAUUGUGGAUCACUUUCGAGUGCUCGCCGAUCGACAGACCCACAAGUACAGAGAGUUGCUGCAGGAUGCGUGCCGUUUCGAUUUGGAACGUGCCAAAAAUGUGCUCGAGUUUAUUGAUGUGAGUGAAUGGGGCCGUUUUGCAACUGACUGGACAGUUGGCAACUAGAAAUCUUUUACUGCAAAGUGUACCGUUUUGUAGGGAAAAACGAGAAGGCUGAGUAGUUGUGAAAUGUCCGUCAGCAAACAAAAAUAGCAAUAAAAUGUUCAAUUUAAUUCGGUUGCGAAAUGUCCAUUAGAUUCGCAACUAAACUUUGCCGAAAUUACGACACUUUGCAACCCAUUUACCCAUUUUUAGCUUUUUCGGUUGCAAAGUGUCCUUGCUGACGUUUUGCAACUUUUGAAACCCAGGACACUUGGCAAGUAGCUUUUGGAAGUCUAGUUGGCAAAUACCUUGACGAAAUGGAACAUUUCCAGAAAAAAGAACUAUGGCGUUUCGAAACAGGCUGGACCCGCUACCCAUUCAACCUAACAAGCGAUGGCGCCGACUCGAUCGGACCAAUCGCAGCUCCGCCGGAUUCUGUCCUCUUCUUCGACAUCGAACUGGUCGUUCGCGACGGAAAUCUGCCCACUUUGGCAAUCGCCCUCGGUCCGAAUGCGUGGUACGGAUGGUGCAGCGAGCGGCUGAUCAAUUGCACGGACGUGCCGGAAGUGCCGACGCGAAAGGACCUGAUUCCGAUCGGAGACGUCGGCGCGGAGAAGGUGGUGAUUGGGCACAACGUGGGAUUCGAUCGGGCGCGGUGUGCGGAGGUGUACGAGAUGAAGAGCUCGCGGAUUCGGUUUAUGGACACGAUGUCGUUGUCGAUUCCGAUGUACGGAAUGGCUGAUCAUCAGCAGGCGCUCUACGAGAUGUACGACGUCGAGGAGAUGGAGAAUAAUGUGAGUGCAAUUAUAAGAAAACGUCAAAAUGUAUUCAGAGAGUAA